ACGCGGGUAAACUCUGUAAACCAUUUCAUAAUUGUUUUAUCCGUUUGUUGGGGAUUUUUAGGUUCUCUAAUUUUUGAAAGUAACGAUAGUCAUUAAUAUUGUACAGUUAAGAAAGAUCUGCAUCAAUAGGUUUUUAAUCAUUAGAAACUUUGAAAUGUUUGUUCCCGUUAAGAGAGACGGACAAUUGACAGAAUGGGCAAUGAUAGAAUUACAAGGAGAACUAAAGAAUGCUACAAUCGAUUCUACAAGUAAUACAUUUAUUGGAGAUCUUCACUUUACUAAGGCCGGAAUACCAGUCCUUAUAAUUGGUAUCCAUAUCCUGUAUGGAAAAGAAAUAAAAUUGGACAAACCUAUUGCAGUAUUGCAAAAGAGUAGGUACGAUAAACAUGGUAAUCCAAUAAGUGAAGAAUUUCCAGCUGAUGAUUAUAAAACAGAAUAUGUUAUAAAAGCAGUCGUUAAAAAAAAACUAGUGUUUAAAGGGCGACCAAAACCCAUUGUUACCAAUGUACCAAAACCUGUUUAAAUUUAACAAAGAUAUACUGC